GGAAAGCUCGGGUCUUUGGGUGCUUUGCCCUCAGCGACAGUCCUGCAGCGCAAACAGGCAUUAUCAUCACGUGAUAUUACUCACACACACGCAAGCCUGGCUUGUAUUAUUGGUUCACCACUGUGUGUUUCACUCGUGAGCUGUAGUUCAACAUUUGACUCCGUAUCUUGAUCGCGGCGUUCCUAUCAACGCAUCAAAUCAUCCUGAUCUCACGCGACAAACGCAGCCUCACUGGCCUUGCUACUGUCUGCGAAGCAGUGCGAACACACAGUUUGCAAGACCAUCAUCACGACUAAUACAGCAUCGCCAAUGGCAACAGCCAUGCGUACACUCCUUCCAAUGUUCCCACCUGAGCUGCGGAACUCGGUUUACAGCUACCUAUCUGCUUCAGCAACACUCACAAACACGAACAUCGGUCUUCCACUACAGCUCAAAUCAUACUCCUGCAAACACACACUCAUCCAGCUCUGCCCCGUUCACUCCGGCCCCACCGCUCUCCUCACACUCCAACGCUUUGGCUUUCUCGAAGGCAAUGAGUACCGAACAUGGCUCCUCAACCACGCAAUAACACUUCGCAUCGGUGUCGUCUUCAAGGGUCGAGCCAAUACAUUCGUGCAAGAGCAUUGGGACAAGAAGAUGGAAGUGCACCUACAAAAGCUGGCAAAGCAGUACCCUUGGCUCAAGAAGGUUGCCAGGUACGACAUUCAGAUCUUGUGGGAUGCGCCAGAUGGAGUGUUGAAGAGCAAGCACAACCGCCGUAACGCGGGCCAGAUACCGCAUGCUAUGGUCCGGACGCUCACAGGGUUGAUGGAUGAAGGUGUCCGGGGAAAAACAGGAGACGUGCAGAUCAGGCUACGAUUGGAGCAUCACGUCGCAGGUAUGGCUGUCAGAUCGUCUCCGCGCUUUGGCCUUGGAAGCUUUAUGACGUUACCACUGGAUGUGACAUCAAUAGACUGCGCACGACAGACGCUGGAGGUCUGGAAAGAGCCGUGCCCAAAGGUCCUACCGCGCAAGUCUGCACGAUUGACGCCUGUGGUUACGAAGGCGGCAGAGAAGGAGGUGCUCAAGUGCUCGCGUGGGACAGUAGACUGGGUGGGCUGGGGACAAGGGACGUUGGUGAUGAGCAAGACAGAAGAGUUGGGAAAGCAGACAUGUACGACUUGGAUGGACACGGGCUAUGCUUAUGACUCACCAACUGAGCUUAUGUUGUUCGAGCUGCUCGAGGACUGCCAUGGUCGCAGGUAACAUGAAGAACGAACAAUAAACCAAAGUUGAUUGCUACACUCGCUCGCCUCGAUUUGCGUCUGGUCACAAUGCCGUCAAGACGGCUAUCGAAGUUCGAUAUC